AUAAAAUAAAAUACGCGUGAUACUGUUGUUAUUGUUACUAGGGUUUUGUGAAUUGGGAUCGGGAUGGGUUCAAGACCAGAGGCGGUAGCUCCGCCGGAGAUAUUUUACGACGAUGAUACAGCACGGAAAUAUACCUCUAAUUCCCGUAACAUUCAAAUUCAGACUUCAAUGACUGAGCGAGCUCUGGAGCUUCUCAAUUUACCCAAAGACGGUGUUCCUAAGCUACUCCUUGACAUUGGUUGUGGAUCGGGACUUAGCGGUGAGGUAAUUACAGAGAGUGGACACCAUUGGGUUGGUCUUGACAUUGCACCCUCAAUGCUUGAUAUCGCAUUGGACCGUGAGGUUGAGGGCGACCUUUUACUCGGUGACAUGGGUCAGGGUUUAGGGCUUCGUUUUGGAAUGUUUGAUGGGGCCAUCGGUAUAUCUACCAUUCAGUGGUUAUGUAAUGCUGAUAAAUCCUUUCACAACCCUCAUCUAAGAUUGAAGGCUUUUUUUACAUCCUUAUACAAAUGCCUGACAAAUGGGGCUAGAGCAGUAUUUCAAGUGUAUCCGGAAAACGAUGAUCAACGGGAAUUGUUGUCGAGUCCUGCAAUGAAAGCUGGAUUUAGUGGGGGUAUAGUGGUGGAUUAUAAGGACAGUCCUAAGAAGAGAAAAGAGUAUCUUUUUCUCGUAUGUGGUCAAGAAGUACCCUUGCCCUUGCCCGAAGGUAGAACUGAAGACAACGACGACAGUGGAAGUGAAACAAAUAAAACAGUACAUGUUUUAGACAGGCGUAGACCGUGGAAGAUACAGAAAAAUAAUAAGAGUGAAAAGGGCAGGGAAUGGAUAAAGAGGAAGAAGGAGCAGAUGAGAAGAAGAGGAGAUGAUGUUCCUCCAGAUACCAAGUACACUGGUCGGAAACGGAAAAAUCACUUUUGAUAUUGUUUAUCAUAUACGUUAACUUAUACAUGGUGGUAUUUAUGGUUGGCUGAAAACUAAAUUAUUCCACUUAUCUGAAAUUAGGGGUGCUUAAACUGCUUCGUCUUCAUCAUUUACUUUGGCGAACCCCCGUAUCCAUGUUGCAUAUUCAUCUGGCAAUUUGCUACCUUUUUCUUUCUAAAACAGUUACUGUUUUGAUUUGAGUUAUAUUUACACCUAGUUACAAGGUCAAUAGUUAUUUCAA